AAAUAGAUUUGAUAUUAAUACAGUUUUAAAAAUUUUAUUUUUAACAAAUAAAUACGAUCUUAUAUUUUACUGAUGUAGAAAUUAAGAAUACUUUUGAUAGUUUUUGUAACAUUAUAAAAAGAGUAAGUUUUGACUAGGAAGUAGAUCCAGCUUGAAUUUGAUUAUAAAUGGUUACUAUGACAACGCCUUGUUUUGGUUUCCCUAUAAUCCAACUAAAUUAAAAAUCUGAACAUAUUGUGACGAAAUGGAGGUCACAAGAACAAAUUCAACUAGUCCAAGUAAUACUAAACGUCAUUUAAUUAAUAAUUUUCAUUGCCGCACAGCGUUUUACAAUAAAUAUAAAUAAAAUGGAUUCUUUAGAUUUAUUGGCAAGAGAGAAUGAAUUCAAGAAAUUAAAUAAGCAACUGGAGAAAAAAACCGAAAGUUUAAUGAAGGAAAUAGAACAAGUUAUGCAAAAACAAGAUUUCUUCACUGAAUUCUCUCAUAAUUUAUCACUUAAUACAAAUGUUAAUCAUCCAAGGAAACAUUGUUGUGAUGUAAAAAAACAACCAGAAACCUCUAGCACUCCGGUAAAGCCUGCAUUGAGAAAACAAUAUUCAAACUCAACUAAGAAUACAAACUUACAAUUUGAUAGUGCCAAAAUGGAAAAUAUGAAAGACAAAUCUGAUACAGACUGUACCCAGUCUACAAAUAAUUGUAAGAAUUGUGCAAAUAAUUCUAAGAACUGUACAAAUGAUUGUAAGAACUGUACAAGUGAUUGUAAGAAGUGUGCAAAUAAUUGCAAAAACUAUACAAAUGAUUGUAAGUACAGUGCAAAUAACUGUAAGAACUGUACAAAUGAUUGUAAGAACUGUACAAAUAAUUGUAAUGAUUAUACAACGAAUGACUUGGACUGUACAUCUGACAUGAGCUGUACACUUUAUUGUACAAAUCACACGAAAAUAACUUGUGAUUGUUAUUCUGUGACUGAGUCUAAAAAACAUGAUGGUAUGGAGUUUUUACAUGCUUUUGUAUCAGUUAAUGUUCAAGAGAAGGUUUUGCCGCCGUCUUUUUUAAAAGAAAAAGUAACCAUUGAGUCUAUCUGCAAAUUCUUGUCAUCCAAAAUUAAACUAAUGCAGGAACAAAUGGAUAAAUUACAGGCUGCUUUAGAUAAGAAGGCAGCACAGUGUAAAGUCCACUUGACAAUGCAAGCGGAGUUGGAGGGCGAGCGUAUGUCGCUGCUGAACAACGCUCAGAACUGCCGGACGGCCGCUGACACUGCCAGAGCCAAGUGUACCGCUUUGGAGAACAAACUUAAUGAAAAGGACAGACUGUACAAAGAACAGAGAAGCGAAGCAGACAAACUACUAUCGGAAGUGAAGCGAUUGCGAAGCAAGAAUGUUAACAUCGAAGCGAAGUGUUCCUCGCAGGAAGAGGCAAUUGAAAAUCUGAAACAACAGUUGGAAAUUGUGAAACGGGGUGAAAAGGAAUUUCGCGAUUCGUCCCGUACUUUGUCCGCAUCGCACCAAAACGCCAUCUGUCGGCUCGAGGAGCGAGUUAAAACGCUAACAGCAUGCAUAGACAAACAAGCCGCGCUGAUAGACAAUCUGCGUCGCCAAAAUGCCAUCUUGAUGACAGAGGGCGCUGUGAAAGCUUUAGAGAGGGAAUAUUGUAAUUUUCUAACUCAAGAUUAGUCUACCAGAGGGAGACUUUGGACUGUAUUUUUUUGCUCUAGUAUAGCCCUGGUUUUCCUAUGAAUAAAUAAAUAAAUAAAUA